UCUAUCAGCAGAUGUCAGAUGAUUCUUUAGCUCGCUCUCCCGUGGCAACAUUAACAUUAAGGGGACUUAUCAACGGAGACUGGCAGCUGUUGAAACAUCUUUUAUCAACAUUAACUGAGCAGCAACCUAUAUCCAGACAAUGAUUCCAGAGUUGUCCAACCCCUCGGUGUGUAUGAGGGACCCUCAGAGGGUGGAGGAGAUCCUGCAGUCCAUGGUGAAGGCUGGCUCCAACACCGUGCAGGUGAUCGCAGAUUUUGACAUGACUCUGACAAGAUUUGCAUUCAAGGGCAAAAGGUGCCCUACAUGUCACAAUAUUCUUGACAACAGCAAUCUUAUCUCCAAUGAAUGCAGAGAAGAGCUGAAGGUUCUGCUCGACACAUACUACCCUAUAGAGAUCGACUCGGCACGAUCAAUAGCAGAAAAGCUGCCCCUGAUGGUGGAAUGGUGGACUAAAGCUCACAAAAUCCUGGUGCAGCAGAAGAUUAGGAAAGACCUGCUGGCCACGGCGGUGCGGGAUUCUGACGCCAUGCUGAGGGAGGGCUACCAGCUCCUCUUCGACCACCUGCAGGAGCACAGCAUCCCCCUCCUCAUCUUCUCUGCUGGAAUUGGAGACAUCCUAGAAGAGGUCAUCCGCCAGGCCGGAGUCUUCCACUCCAACGUCAAAGUCUUCUCCAACUACAUGGACUUCGAUGAGUCUGGAUUGUUGAAGGCUUUCAAGGGAGAGCUGAUCCACAUCUACAACAAACGGGAAGGCGCUCUGCUGAACACCGGUCAUUUCCAGGAGCUGCGGACGCGCCCCAACGUGCUCCUGCUGGGAGACUCUCUGGGAGAUCUGACCAUGGCCGACGGGGUGCAGGACAUGGAGAACAUCCUCAAGAUCGGCUUCCUUAACGACAAGGUGGAGGAGAGGAAGAAGUCUUACUUGGACUCGUAUGACAUAGUGUUGGUACAAGACGAGACCCUGGAAGUCCCCAAUGCCAUAAUGCUCCACCUGACGGGCAAUAAGUAAAGUGAGCACUGCUGUUUUCUAUUGUACGCUCCAGUGCCAUCAGCUGAAGCUCAGAAGGUGCCAGUGGAAGGCUUAUUUCGAAAGUUACACGAUUGUUUUACAAAACUCUACACAAGUCCAGUUUACAGACACAGCUCACUGUGUGUGUGUGUGUGUGUGUGUGUGUGUGUGUGUGUGUGUGUGUGUGUGUGUGUGUGUGUGUGUGUGUGUGUGUGUGUGUGUGUGUGUGUGUGUGUGGGAAGAAAUAAGAUAAUAUUGUUUUUGUUAGUGGGUCUGUUUUUGUCUUCAUAUAGGAUGUCAUGAUAAAGGGAAAAAACGCACAACAUAAAUGGCAGCAUUUGACAUCUGGUUUGAAACCAAUUCCUUACAAUAAGCUCUUUACCAGCUAAUA